GUUUUGGCUGGACAUAUCUAGUUCAUGUUAAUCAUUAAUGUUUACAACUACAAGACAAUAACCAUAGGAGGAACAAGGGCCAAAGGUCUCACCUUGACAUCGGUGAAGCAGAGGCUCCAUGUCGUUCGACAUGGGGGGGAGCGCAAGAAGUAUUUUGCUGUUGUUGUGCCUUAUCAGCUUAGCAAAUGCAAAUACCAGUCCUGUGAUCAAGCAGUAUGUUUAUAAACUGUGUGAGGACAUCCCAAUAGGUAGCUUUGCGUUUACUAUAGUUGCAGAAGACAUAGAAGGUGAAGCGUUGACUUACUUACUCACUGAGCCCAAUGCUGCAUACUUCGAAGUCGACAAAAACACUGGGAAUGUAUCAGUGGUGAAGGAACUAGAUGCAGAGAAUAACCCGUUAAUGGAGCUUGGAGUUAUUGUUUCAGAUGGUCCCAAUGAAACACCAGCAGAAUUAAAUCUAAUAUUGCUAGAUGCCAACGACAACAAACCCAUUUUUCAGCAGUCUUCAUAUGAUGCUAGCAUCCGAGAAGAUACAAAAGUAGGUGCGUCUCUGUUUAGGGUGGAGGCCACUGAUGCAGACAGUGGAGAUGCCGGUGCCGUUCGAUACAGCAUCGAUGAGGUCGUUCCAAAUCGUGGAUUCAGUCUGUUUACCAUUAACGGAAAUGGUGAUGUCAAACUAAAUGGAUCUCUGAAUUAUACUGAACUGAGCACUUUCUAUCAGCUGAAGAUUAUGGCAGCCGAUGGUGGAGGCCGAUGUCACUAUAAUACAACCGAGUACUCAAACAGCACUGCUUUUGCUUUCAUUACGGUUGUGGACAUCCCAGACCUCAACCCAGAGUUCAUUGGUCUGCCCUACACAGGGAAAGUUGAAGAGCAUUCUGCUGUGGGCCAGUCUGUGCUUCAAGUGACCGCCAUAGACCCGGACACAGGUGUCAAUGAUGACAUCAUCUACAGCAUUGAAACUUCCACAGCAGACGGCCUGUUUCAAAUCUCAUCAGAUGACGGUGUCAUAUCUGUUAACUCAAUAAUUGACAGAGAAGUUACUGGUGCCACUGUUACCCUGACUGUAAAGGCUACUGAGUCCAAACAAAACAUCUACGGGGUGUACGCCAAUACCACAGCAAGAGUGCAGAUCAACAUCCAGGACAUCAACGAUAACAGGCCGGAGUUUUACAAGUGCGAGGGCUCAGGAGACCAGCGCUCCUGUGUGAAGGCGAGUCACUUCACGGGAGAGGUCUCUGAGCACAUGUUGGUGUCCAUUCCCAUCAACAUGAUGGUCAGAGAUCCGGAUGAGAACUCCAGAAUUCAACUCCUCCUGGAGGGAGAAGAUAAGGCUGUGUUUUCUGUGGAACCUCAGUCCACCAUGUCGGACAGCGUGGUUCAGCUUGUGGUCAAGCAGAACCAAAACCUGGAUUUUGAAGUAAAACAGCAAAUGGUCCUAAACGUGAUUGCAAUUGAUGAAGAGGAAACCAGCUUCCAGUCCACUGCUACAGUUACGAUAAACAUCAAGGACACCAAUGACAAGAGCCCCAUGUUCCUAAAGGACAUAUAUAAGUUUGUGGUGGCUGAGCACUCUCCUGUUGGGACAGAAGUGGGAAAUGUUACUGCAGAGGAUCCUGACACGAUGGACCAAGGCAAAAUCACCUACAGACUUCUUCCAGACAGCAUACUAAUGUAUUUCAACGUGAAGCCACAAACGGGCGUAAUUUAUGUGGCAAACGAAACUCUGCUGGAUCGCGAGGUCAGAUCUCUGUAUUCAGCGACUCUGCAGGCCAGAGACACAGAGAACAAGACCGGUUCCGCACAACUGGAGAUCACUCUGACUGACAUCAACGACCAGCAUCCAGUCAUCAACAGAGACUCUUACCUGGUGUUCGUUGAAGAGGGUGGACAGUUUGACAUUAAGAUAGAGGCCACUGAUGCGGAUGACAUCAACACAGCAAACAGCCAAAUAGUGUAUGGAAUCGUACCAAGCAGGUACAGCGAUAAUUUCACCAUCGACCCCAGCACCGGUGUGCUAAGAAACCUCGGGGAGCUUGAUCGUGAGGUCCUGGACCCAAAGCUGAACGGGCGGAUCGAGCUCAAUGUAACCGCUACUGACAAGGGUACUCCUCCACUGUACACCGUUACCACCGUCAUCAUCAAUAUAGAGGAUGUCAAUGACAACGUACCACAAUUCGGUGCCCCCUCCUACACGUUCUCGGUUAAAGAAGGAGAAAGAGGGGCAUAUGUUGGUUCUGUUUAUGCUGAGGAUCUGGACCAAACGAAAGACUUCAACCGCAUUUCUUUCAGCAUCAUUAAUGGAAGCAUUGGCAGCUUUAUCAUUCGCACCAAUGCAGAAGGGCGGGGUUACAGGGGAGUCAUCACUGUGGACCCAGACAUUGAGCUGGACUUUGACAAUGGAAACAAGGAAUACAAACUGGAGGUAGAGGCAGCAGAUCUGGAAGAGAAGACAGCUGUAGUGAUGGUGCAGGUGAACCUGUUGGACGUGAACGACGAGAGGCCCGAGAUCGAUGACAAAGAUUCUUUGACAGUAAAGGAGAACAUCACCAUCACCGGGGCUGUUGGGAGUUUUACUGGGUCUGACAAAGACGGAAACCACUCCCUGGUCUACGAGCUGUUGUCCAUGGAAUGCAGAUGCGGUGGCUCUCUGACAACAUGCAACAGCUUUAUUUUGGAUCCGACAGGCGAAGUCAGAGUCAACCCGGAGGGGGAGCCUUUGGAUUAUGAAAAAUGUGACCAGGUGGAGAUAAAGGCUCAGGUGGUGGACGAGUUCACAGAGAAGGGACACAACAACAGUGAGCAGGCAGGAAAAAUGGUGAUCGUCAUUGAAGACAUCAACGACAACGCUCCAGAAUUUAUUCACUCUGAUUCUGUGUCCGUUGUGUUUUCAGAAAGCACAAGUCCGGGGACCCCGGUAGCAACAGUCAGCGCUACAGACCGUGACUCUGAAAUAAAUGGGAAGAUUGAGUUCACAGUAGCGGCAGUCCGAUUUGAAGAUGCCAACAACAACAUAGUUGACGCGGGGUUUGUGUUCAAGGCCGUCACCGCAUCUCAGGACGGCGUUUAUGUUGGAACUAUUCAAAUUAGUGGCGACCUUGAUAUUCAACGGAAGGGGAAGUAUUUGGUGUCAGUGAGUGCAGUUGACAGCCGCGGCCUCUACUCCAGCACCGUCCUGGACGUUUUCAUCAUUCAUGAAGAAUACAAAGUUGAGCUUGAAUUUACAUCUUCCAGAGUAGAAGUUCAAAACAAACUCAGUCAAAUCGUCGGGGUGCUUUCUGCUGCCACCAAGACUGAUGUUCGAGUUGUUGAUGUCAGGAGUGACACUCCUGAAGUGUCCAGGGCUUCAGACGACACUAUCAUCUUGGCAUAUUUUGUCUACUCCAACGGGACUGCUCUUACCUCUGAUGAAGUAGAAGCUAUGAUCUCUAAGGAAGAAUAUCGUUCUCAACUGCUAGAGCUUGGCCUCAAGAGCAUUCCACCACCACCGACUUUGGUAUAUAUCCUGCUGGGGAUAGUGGGAGGCCUAUUGAUCGUGAUGGCUGUCCUCACCAUUUCCCUGAUGUGCACUCGCAGAAACUACAGGAGGAAGCUGAAGGCAGCUAAAGCCAUGAAAUCUGCAUCCAUGGUGACUUCUCACGACCAGAAAAGUGGUCCUGUGCUGCCUGGAACCAACAAAUACACCAUGGAGGGGGCUAAUCCUGUUCUCAACCUCGACAUCGACACAGCCAUGGCCCUGGGCUUUGGGGCGGAGAGCACAGAUGUGGACCAAAGCAGCCUCAGCUCCAUGGACACUGUUGAUGCCAUGAGCUUUUCUGAAGAUCAGACAAAACAUUUCACGAUGAACCAGUAUCAGGCGGGAGACAACGGCCUACCAGAGUACGAUGAGGUUCUGAGUGCAGCGCUGGCCCAGCGGGGCCGGGGCAGAGACUCUGACCAUCAUCCCAUGGCUUUUAAUAACCGUGCGUUCAGCACUACAGACCUGUGA